AUGGGCGAACAAGACUUUGAUGAGUCCCAAAGUGAUCUAAAACAAAUAAACGGAUAUCCUCAAAGACAUGUUCCUGUGCUUCCAUGGUACUCGGCUCCAGAUAAACCUUUUCCUCGUAGGAAGUACAAGUGUUUAAAGUGCGAGGAAAUCCAGAAACAGCUUUUCAAUAAUCAAGCUCAGACAGCACCUGUUUCUGAAAAAAAAACUCAAAUUGAGACAUUGGUGGAAUCAAACGAAAUUUCACCGUUAAAUCAAGUACUUGUAGAUGAAGAGGUUUUAGAAAGUGAUGUUUCUGUUCCACAAUCCCGUACUGCUCCAAGAUCAUGGUCAGAUUUGCUUAAAGGUCAUGGAUCAUCUUAUGCGGCUGUACUUCCAUCUAAAUCUGUUUCUCCCAUUGCUUCCGAUACAGUGGUAAACGGUUUGAAUCAAGCAUUUGAUGCAAUUAAGUUGAGUCCUGAGAAAAAGCAUUAUGUUCUUCAGCCGCGUGGUCUCAUUAAUACAGGUAACGUUUGUUUUAUGAAUGUGAUUCUUCAAGUUUUGGCUUUUUGUCCUCCCUUUUAUAAUUUAUUGGAUGAAAUUAGUAAAAAAAUGGUAAAUAGUUCUGUUAAUGAUGUAUCUUUGAUAAAUGCAUUGAUUUCUUUUAUUCGUGAGUUUUCAGUUAUAACCCAACCUGUUUUAAAUGGUACUUCUCAAGCAAAAAAACAAAACAUCGAGGAGUUUGGAGAACCUUUUAUUCCAGAAUAUGUUUAUAUAGCUAUGCGAGGAAACAAACUGUUUGAUUCGAUGAGGAGAGGACAUCAAGAAGAUGCAGAAGAGUUUUUAGGGCUUUUGCUUGAUGCACUUCAUGAGGAAUUUCUUGAUAAAAUGAAAUCAGAUCCUGUUAUUUCUAGUAUUUGCACGCUCAAUCGUAUGAAUUGUAUGAAUUUUACCGAUUUUUCAGAUCAUUCUCAAGACAAAAAUGACAAUGAAUGGGUCGAAGUAGGUCCAAAGCAGAAAACAAGUAUUAUGCGAUCGGCAAAUGUAUCUGAAUCUCCAUUAACCCCCAUUUUUACUGGGAAUUUUCGUUCUAUUUUGCGUGUAUCUGGAAUGAAACCAUCGAUUACUCUUGAGCCUUACCGAUCUUUACAACUUGAUAUUGAGCCUUUUCAUAUAGAUUCCAUAGAAGAAGCACUUCAGAAUAUUACACAACCAGAAGUUCUUAAUGGAGACUGGCAUUCAUCUUUAGGUGAAAAACUAAAAGCAACAAAGCAAGUUUUCAUUGAGACAUUACCGCAAGUUCUUAUUCUCCAUCUUAAACGUUUUGUUUAUGAUAACGUUGGUGGUACUCAGAAAUCUUAUAAAAAUGUUCAUUAUCCUCUACAAUUUGAAAUUCCUCCAACUGUUAUGAGUCCUCAUCGUCGUUUUGAGAAAAAUAUGAAAUUCGUUCUUUUUGCUGUUGUAUAUCAUCAUGGGAUGUCUGCUUCUGGUGGUCACUAUACAGUCGAUCUCCGUCAAGAUACUCUGUCUUGGAUUCGUGUAGAUGAUACCCAUAUCUCAUAUAUUCUUCCAGAACACGUUAUCCCGUCAUCAUCUGAACUGCCUAAUCGAUUUGCUUAUCUUCUUUUUUACCUCCGUUCAUGA